ACAGUAAGUUGAAACAGCACACUUACACUUGCAAACACUAUUUAGGCACAUUUAUCCCGUCCCUCUCCAUUAACCCUUUGAUCACCCCUAUCACCCAGCCAGUGCUAUUAGUAUAGUCCAGGGGCGGGCUGACAACUCAUGGGGCCCCCGGGCAAUAGGGGAUCAUGGGGCCCCUGUGUCCUCGCCUACACUCAAACCACACCCAAAAAAGCCUAUGAAAGGUACCAGGGACAUCUCAUGGGGCCCCCUACUGACCCCGGGCCCUCGGGCAGUGCCCGAGUUCCCCAAUGGUCAGUCUGCCCC